UUGGCUUAUUACAGCUAAGAAAACAUUGCAUGAAGUCUCCGCAUGCCCAAGUUACAAACAAUAUAAUUUCUUGCUUAUCAAGUGGGUAUUUGUCAGAAGUAGGCAGAUUUUAAGGUGACGUGGUGUUAUUAAUCUGUCAGCAGGAGCAGGCAGCCUCGAUGAGAAAACAUGCCUGAAAUAAAAGUAACACCGCUGGGUGCUGGACAGGAUGUUGGCCGCAGCUGCAUCCUCGUCUCCAUCGGAGGCAAAAACAUCAUGCUGGACUGUGGGAUGCACAUGGGAUACAACGACGAUAGACGUUUCCCAGACUUCUCCUAUAUCACCCAGAACGGCCGUCUGACAGACUUUUUGGAUUGUGUGAUUAUCAGCCAUUUCCACUUGGACCACUGUGGCGCUCUGCCCUACAUGAGUGAGAUGGUGGGCUACGAUGGACCCAUCUACAUGACUCAUCCCACCAAGGCCAUUUGUCCCAUUUUACUGGAAGAUUUCCGGAAGAUCACCGUCGACAAGAAGGGAGAAACCAACUUCUUCACUUCACAAAUGAUCAAGGACUGCAUGAAGAAAGUCGUUCCUUUGAACCUCCACCAAACUGUCGAGGUGGAUGAUGAGCUGGAGAUCAAGGCGUACUAUGCAGGCCAUGUCCUGGGAGCUGCUAUGGUGCACAUCAAAGUCGGAUCAGAGUCUGUGGUCUACACUGGAGACUAUAAUAUGACACCAGACAGACAUUUAGGCGCUGCAUGGAUCGAUAAGUGUCGUCCAGACAUCCUCAUUUCAGAGUCCACGUAUGCCACCACCAUCCGCGACUCCAAGCGGUGCAGAGAGAGGGACUUUCUGAAGAAGGUGCAUGAAUCCAUAGAAAGAGGAGGGAAGGUUCUCAUCCCAGUUUUUGCUCUCGGACGGGCUCAGGAACUCUGCAUCCUGUUGGAAACAUUUUGGGAGAGAAUGAACCUGAAGGCCCCGAUCUACUUCUCCACUGGACUGACGGAGAAAGCUAACCAUUAUUAUAAGCUUUUCAUUACAUGGACCAACCAGAAGAUUCGGAAAACGUUUGUACAGAGAAACAUGUUUGAAUUUAAGCACAUCAAAGCUUUUGAUCGGUCCUAUGCAGACAAUCCUGGACCAAUGGUGGUGUUCGCCACACCAGGUAUGCUUCACGCUGGUCAGUCUUUGCAGAUUUUCAAGAAAUGGGCUGGCAAUGAGAAGAACAUGGUAAUCAUGCCUGGGUAUUGUGUGCAAGGAACAAUUGGCCAUAAGAUCCUGAAUGGUCAGAGGAAGCUGGAGAUGGAAGGAAGAGCAACACUGGACGUGAAGCUGCAGGUGGAGUACAUGUCCUUUAGCGCACAUGCAGACGCGAAGGGCAUCAUGCAGCUCAUCCGUAUGGCAGAGCCUCGCAACAUGCUGCUCGUGCACGGCGAGGCGGUCAAAAUGGAGUUCCUGAAGGGCAAGAUCGAACAGGAGUUCAGUAUAGACUGUUACAUGCCAGCCAACGGAGAGACGACAACGGUGACCACUAACCCCAGCGUUCCUGUUGAUAUAUCUCUCAACCUGCUGAAGAGGGAGAUGGCUCUUGGAGGGCCCCUGCCUGAUCCCAAAAAGCCUCGCACGAUGCACGGAACCCUGAUCAUGAAAGAAAAUAGUCUGAAGCUGGUGUCCUCGGAGCAGGCCCUGAAGGAGCUGGGCCUCAACGAGCAUCAGUUACGCUUCACCUGCCGCGUGCAGCUCCAGGACCCACACAGCGACACCGACACACUCCACAGAAUCUACACACACCUCAAGAGUGUGUUAAAAGGCUACACCAUCCAGCACCUCCCUGAUGGUACAGUCAUGGUGGAGUCCAUCGUCAUCAAAGUAUCGUCCUCUGCUGAAGACACUAAUGCCAAAGUUCUGCUGCUGUCCUGGAGUUACCAGGAUGAAGACCUGGGGAGCUUCCUCUCAUCUCUGCUGAAAAAAGGGCUGCCGUCUGGACUGGGCUGAGAUGUCUUCUGUUCCAAAACAGUCGACAUUUAAGAGGAAUUUCCCACUGUUGAUACUUUCAUAGAGUCAUUUACUGGGAAAAAAAGAGACUCAAAUUCAGAUUCAGUGAUUUUAUUUUAGAAGCAAGCAUGAAUAAACAUUUUUACA